AUGGUGAAUGUCAAGAUUACUCCCAGCGAAGAAGGCUUUGCCGAUUUGUACACUUGGCUGAAGAACUCCACUGGACUGAUGGGUGCUAUCCAUGGGCACAAAAUGCUUGCCCGGGAUGGAGUGACAGAGCUCACUGAUCCCAACGAAUUCGGACAAGAGUGGCAGGUUCGUGAUAGCGACCCCACACUUUUUGAAGUCCGUGAUCGGUACCCUCAGUAUCCAGAAAAGUGUGUUUUACGGGCUCCGAGUGACGUGAGCAGUAUCCGGCGCCGUCUGGGUGAGAGCAUCUCUCGCCCUGAAGCAGAGAUUGCUUGUGCUGGGUGGUCGUUCGAUGAAAGAGCUGGCUGCAUUCGUGAUGUAAUGGCCACAGGAAACACUGAAUAUGCGGAAGCAGGUGGAUACUAA